GGCAAGGGACUGCAUCUGACACAGAUGCUGCAAGGUCCUGCCUCACCUCCCACAAGCCUUGGGAUAAGGAGAAGAUGCUGGGGUUCCACUCGUGGCCUUGCUCGCUUUUACUCCUCUUAGUUCUGCUCUCUGCCAGCGUUCAGACUGUGUCCUUAUCAGGACAGAGGCUACAGAUGCUCCUUUCCCAGUUGCUGCCCCUGGAGCCCGAGUCCACAGUGGCUGAAGAGGACACGAAGGAGGGGUCCAGUUUUGGCCCUCAGUUGCUCUCCUCCACGCUCCCCUUCCUCCCAUCUGGGGCUAGAGCUGCCCGUCCCUCCCUGUGGCGCAAGACGCUCGCCAGUCGCAAGUGGGCACUGCCUCGAGAUUGGGCCUGGAAGGCCGUGCCCAGGGGCUGCUUUGGAUUGAAACUGGACCGGAUUGGGACCUUCAGUGGUUUGGGGUGUUAGCCUUGGAGGCGGCUCUGAGGUGAGAGGGCCAGCAGUGAGGGACUGAAUAAGUGGGUAGGGAAGAGGUAAGGGGAGACUUGAGAGCACGGGUGGUGGGGAGGACAGGAGCGAGAGGUGGCUGUGGGGCCACCUCCUGCCUGCAGCCGGGGCAAAGGCUGGGACACGGACCCCCCAUGCUCCCGGGGCCGGGAGCGGGAGCAGGCAGGCAGCACGCCGCUGGGCGGCUCACCAGCCCUGCUUCUCCACAGCCCGAGGAGACACAGGCGCCCAGAGGCAGCGCCGUCAUGGGAACCGGCGCAGCCCUGUAACACCUGCCCUGAAGGAGAGCGGCAGCGGCAUCAGGAGAAGCUGCCCGGUUCCACGGCUGCUUCCUCCCUCCUCUCCGUGCUCGAGGACUCUUGCUCAUUAAACAGAGCUGUAUUAACCUCUGCUUCCGUGCUCAUCAGCAGCACCGCUGCCUGAGGCCGUGGC